ACAGUAAUUCAUGGUGAAUAAAGAAGCUCCUUUCCCAAAUCGUAGUUAUCCAAUUCCAACAAAAUCCCUGUCUGCCAACGGCGAAAAUCAUUUGGUUGGAGCGAUUGAUCGGCCGCUGUGAUGAAGAAGGAAGAUACAGUCAUGCUGAUCAGCGCUGAGGGUUUCGAAUUUGUCAUCGACAAGAAGGCGGCUAUGGUUUCUCAGACGAUCCGCAAUAUGCUCACUUCUCCAGGUGGUUUUUCCGAAACGGAGCACGGAAAGGUGACUUUUCCGGAGAUAAGCACAACUAUUCUGGAGAAGAUCUGCCAAUACUUUUAUUGGUCUCUUCAAUAUGCUAGUGGCAAGGAGACUGAGUUCCACAUUGAACCUGAGCUCACGCUGGAACUUAUGAUGGCCGCUAAUUACCUACACACCUAAGCUAGCCCCAAAUACCAACAUCUCUAAUACUAACCCUUUUCUAUCUGUUUAUCUGAUGCCAGGGAAGAUUGACGAGGUGUUGCCGUUCGUGUUCUGACAUUUGACGGCCCAUAUAAUAUAUUCUAGUUUCUGUCUUUCUAUUAUCCGUAGCUACAGUAGGGAUGCAGUAAGGUGUUGGUCAUUCUCUUAGCGAUAGUAUAUUCAAGAAUAUGGCACUUAUAUUAUUCUUGUUGUGGUAGAUCAAACAAACCUAUGACAAGAUGUUUUAGACAAAGUGAUUGCAUAUAUUCAAAUCGUAUGUAAUACAUGUUUUUUUA